UACUUCUCAAAGUUAGAGACUAGUAGAGUAGUAUAGCAUUGGUUCACGAUGAACACAGAUCAAACCAAGAAAACAUGGUCAAAUAGUGUAACUAGAGAACUCGAAUCGGCAGAACCUGGAAUGGAAGAAGAGCAUUGGAAGAAGGAGUCCAUAUUCGAGUUGCCCACUUUCGUAAAAGAUAGGAAUGUGAAAGCCUAUGAGCCUCAUGUGGUGUCCAUCGGUCCUUACCACUACUCUAAAUUUCAUUUGAAGCCAAUGGAAGUCCACAAAAGAAGAGCAGUUCGUCAUUUUGUUAAAAGAGGGAGCCAGCCCAUUCAGUCCUAUAAGCUGGGACUACUAAAAGAUGUGCAUCUCCUCAGGGAGUCAUAUGCUCGGCAGCUGGAUGAAGAAUGGAUAGUGGACGAUAAUCGAUUCGUCGAGCUAAUGAUCCAAGAUGGAUGCUUCAUUCUUGAAUUUUUGGCUGCUAGUGCAAACUACCAUAAAAUAAAUAGUUAUUCUCUUAGGGAUCCCAUGUUUAGCUACCACGGUACCAUAGUUAACUAUAAUCCUGUGAUGCAUGACUUGUUGCUGGUGGAGAACCAACUGCCUUAUCUUGUGCUAUUCACGUUGUGGUCUAUUAGUACCGGCUCAAGUGAGAAUGAGGUAAAUCGCAUUUUACCCUGGAUGAUGUUUGCCCCUAAUGAAGAUCCAGGGCUUCACAUGCUCGACAUGUACAUGAAAGGACUGCUUACAGGAGGCAAACAAUUUGAGGAGGAAAUACUCGUAACUCGAUGUGCAUCAGAGCUUCAUGACCAAUCUGGUAUCCAAUUUAAAAAGGUCGGGAGUUACCAGGACAUCAAAUUCGACAAGAACGUUGCAAUACUACAGCUUCCCUCCAUAAUCAUCAAUGACUACAAUGCGUCUACACUUCUAAAUUUGUUAGCGUAUGAGCUUCGGGCGGGAACGGGAAGAGAUAUGAACUCGUACAUUUACCUCAUUGACAGCCUUGUAGACUCAGCUAAGGAUGUCAAGUUGCUCCAAUCCCAAGGCAUCAUAAUUAGUGCAUUGGGCAGCGACGAGGCUGUGGUGAAGGUGUUGAAGGAGCUUGCCAGGGACACAGUGGUGGAUUCGAGUUGUAAGUCUUAUUUGGUGGUAGCUGAGAUGAAUAAGUAUUAUGAAGAAAGUAUGAAGAAGUGGAGGAGAAGGUUUCGUGAUUGGCGAUCUAAACUCAAUUCGAUUUACUUUAGUAAUCCAUGGACUGUUAUCUCGGUAGCUGGAGCUGCUUUUCUCUUGGCACUGACAGUUAUCCAGACCGCUUACACCGUCAUCUCAUAUUAUGCAGAGAACCCAUUGCGCAAGAAACAUUAAACUUCACAUUCCCCAUCUAACUCCGGGUUUUUACUCUUUAGGAUAAUUUCUAUGUUUCUCUAUUUAGGACCCUGGGCUAUAUAGAUAGCUGUUGUUGUUGUUAUAUAUUGUUGCCUUUGCUUUUUCUGUAAUGAUUUUCUUCUGAAGUAAUUGUUGAUACUAAUGACCUCAGUUCAAAACUGGUCAAU